GGGCACGGCGGCGGAUCUACGAGCUCAUCAGUAAAGGGGAAAUCGACCCACUUGGCGAAGGGAUGCUUCUCGCCCGGACAGCGUACGUCUCGGUGAUGCCGCUCAGCAAGUGCGACCUGGAACUACCUGGAAACAACAGCGGAGCUGAGGAAAUGGGGCUUCCACCCCGCACCAAGAUUGGCAAUUCACCAAACUGCGACAGCGUCUUGGAGGUGUUGGAGAGCACAAGUGCCGACUACAGCAGGGGCGACCUCUUGUCGCAUUUUGGUUCCGUCAGCGCGUACCAGGUGUUGCGUGCGGACGGCUCAGACAACGUCUCUAGAAGACCACCAAUGAAGUUGCCUCGGGGGAUCCCGCCAGAGCAGUGGCUCAGCAUCAUGACGGUCGGGACUGGCGCCACGUCGUACCUUGCCGUCGAAGAUACCGAUUGCGGCAAGGUGGACGAGCCGUAUGACCAGAGGACUGUGCUGAUCACGUCCGCCGCGGGGACAGUGGGGCUGGUCGCUGGGCAGCUGUACAAGAAUAAAGGCUGCCGAGUAAUUGGUGUGACGAGCACUAAGGACAAGGCCGACAGGCUCCUCGAUUUCGGAUUCGACGCGGCCAUCGCAUACAAGACGGAUGAUUUGAGCGGGCGGUUGAAGGUUCUCAUUGUCGGAUGCAUCGCAGAGAUGGACGGGUUCAUCAGUGGCGACCUCCACGGAUGCAAAUCAUACAUACUUCUGCCUGCCAAGGAGAUCACUAUGGGAGGAUUCAUGGUGCCCGCCCACUUGAACAGGUUGCCCGAGGCGUUGGGUCAGCUGGGGAGCAUGUUGCAAGAAGGGAAGCUGAAAUCUGCAGAGACCGUAAUCAAAGGACCGUUUUCGGAGUGGGCCGCUUGCAUGGAUAAGAUGAUGAACGGCAUCUCUUUUGGGCGGAUGGUGCUCCAG